AAAGCUACUUCCUAUCAGAGCUAUGCACCACCAGCCCUCUUUUCUCUCACUUCUCAAUCCCAAGUCUCUAAUUAUUUUCCCAUCACCACCCAAAAGAAAAGAAUCAGUACUAGUUUGGUUUUGUAACUCUUCCAUCUUUUUUCUUACUGAUUCUCUGUCAAACCAAACAGGUUGUGGAGAGAGAGAGACAGAGAAGUGGUGGGGUUGGCGGCUGAGAUACCUAAAUUUUGGAGAUAGAGAAAACGGGCUAAGAAAAAAAAUCAGAGGAUUCACAUCCACAUUAGAUCUGAGGAUUCUUUUGGGGUUCACGGACCUUGUAGGGGCUGUAUUGAAGUUCUCUGCACCUGGCAGACUGAGCAAAUGCAGGGUUUUUAUGAUUAUGUUGUUUUUCUUCUACAUAUACUAAUGAAGCCCUGAGUCUGGCCUUGUUUUUGUGAUCUGUAAAAGUAGAGGAGUGACAGUUUUCCAAGGUUUGAUGGGUAUUUGCUUGAGCAACCAAAUCAAGGCUGAGAGCCCAUAUGAAUCUGGGGCAGGGUUAAGUUCUAAAAAUGUCAGCAGAGAUGGGACUGAAAUGAGUAAUUCAAGUGGCAAGGUUUCAUCUGCCUCCAUACCCCAAACUCCUAGAAGUGAGGGUGAGAUCUUGCAGUCCUCCAACAUAAAGAGUUUCACAUUCAGCGAACUCAAAACAGCAACCAAAAACUUCCGUUCUGAUAGUGUAUUAGGAGAAGGUGGAUUUGGUUCCGUUUUCAAGGGGUGGGUUGACGAGCAGUCAUUAGCUGCUUCCAAGCCUGGAAUUGGGAUGGUGAUAGCUGUGAAGAGGCUUAACCAGGAAGGGUGGCAGGGCCACAAGGAANUUAAGACCUAA